AAGUAACCGUGCUCACUCAUCAACUCGAGCACGUUGCCGCGGGGUUGGCUCUUGGUCAUCGAGACCACGAGGGGAUAUGCAGAAGACGCGCUUCAUGCGCCAUAGUAUACGACCAUUGAAUGAACGGUAGAUUUGGAUUGUAACCUCGCCCGCCGACAACUUCUGGCCAUGUCUCACGGAAAGCAGUUCACACUACAAACACAUGGCACGGGUGCCAAUGGCUGGAAGAUCGAUUUUGUCCUUGCCGAGCUGGGCUUAGAGUACGAGUCGAAGCUCCUCGACUUCAACCAGCAAGACCACAAAGCGCCGGAAUACACUAAUUACAAUCCGAACGGUCGAAUCCCGGCCUUGAUAGACCACUCGAACAAUGAUUUCGUUGUGUGGGAGUCCAACGCGAUCAUGCUAUACCUGGUCGAGAAAUACGACACCGAGCACAAGAUAUCCGUCUCGGACUCCAACGACUCGAACGAGAAAUUCGAGCAACUCCAGUGGCUAUUCUUUCAGGCGUCCGGCCAAGGCCCGUACUUUGGACAGGCCGUCUGGUUCAUGGGUUCCCAUUCGGAGAAGCUCCUGAGUGCCAUCGAGCGCUAUCAGAAAGAGACGAUCCGUGUGCUCAGCGUCCUGGACGGCGUUUUGUCCAAGCGCGAGUGGCUUGUCGGCGGGAAGUGCACCAUUGCCGACCUUUCGUUCAUCCCAUGGAGUCAUUGGGCGUUGAGAAGCAUUCUCAAGGAUUAUCCUGGAUUAGACGUGGCAAAGGACUAUCCCGCGUUCUACCGGUGGCACUUCGCGAUGCUGGCGCGAGAAUCGGUGGCGGGAAUUGUCGCAGCAAGGGAGGCUGCCUUGAUCACUUCGGGGAUCUGGCGAUAGAUAUGACCGCCUGUCUGGGUCACUUAGUACUACAAUCGUUUGUUUCCGCUAUACUUGGAUUCCUUCGACGUCAAUACCUCCAGUCCCCAAUAUGAAGUGAUCCGUCGACGCUGCACUCACCGCGCCAGUGGAGCUUACCGGUGCCGACGAUACGGGCUCCUCAUAAACAGGCUGGCUGGGCUAGGCAUCGCCACCCUUAGAAGGCCCCAGUAGAACGAUCGAGCGGUACGGAAG